AUGCGUCAUCGAAGAAUCGAUUUUCAAAUCCCUAACAGAUUCCUCGGAAUUCCGACGAAGACUUCCCAACAGGAAGCUGCCUGCGACGCCUUCACCAAUUGGCAACGGGACCGCAAUCCCCCACCUCAGAACUCAUUUCUCACAAAUUUACCACCGACCACGUCUUUUCUCACCACGGAAGCCAAACACCGUUUGUACUCUCUACCAGCACAAACCGCUUUGAUCGCAAAUCUUGCUAUGACAAUGAAACGUCCUCUAAUUCUGCUUCUCGGUAUUUCCAGUACUACAGCGUACAGCACAAAUAUGUCGCCGUCGCUGGAUGUUGUGAGCUUUGCUCAGACACUUCGAGUUGCAAGUACUUCCACAAUCAUGGAACAAAAUCGAUCACUCUUGGAGAGUCGGAUGUCCAAGCCUUACAAAGUGUCUUACGAUCUUGGGAUCGGAAGGAACUUUCCGUUUGUAAGCAAGGGUCAACAAGGCGAAGCACAGAGGGAACGUAAAAGCCGUGAUCAGAGCGUAUUUCAUCACGCAACAGUCGAAUUUUGGAAUGAGCACCAAGCCGUUCGAGACCUUCCUGACCCAAGCAGACGUACACCUUCUGUAAAAGCCGCACGAAAGGGGAGCAAGGUGAAACCGAUUGUACCAAACCGAUUGGCGAUCGAUGCGCUCGCAAUUAUGGAAUACGACGAAUAUCUGGGAGAGACUAAGGCGUCCGGCUCCUCGUCCUUCUCAAGGGCGCAAAACCGGCCUCACCCAAUCAUGACCGUGGCUGGCUCCUUCUCUGUACGAAAUCUCGAUGUCAAUACUCCUUGGGUCGAAAUGUUAAUCCAUGAACAGCAGCAAAAAUUGAAGCUUCAAGCUAGCUGA